GGUUUUGGGCUGACUCCUGAUGGUGCCUUGCGAACUACAAUUCAUUGCGUGGUUGCUAUUGUACAUGGUGCGGAUGUGUUGCCAUUUGUAGAGAAUUGUUUUCUGAGGCCGGUCGAAAAAUGGAAUCAUAAUGAGCAGCAUCAGCUAAUCCACGUCCAGUCGGAUCUCUGCCUUCAAAUGAUGGCCACUAGAGCCCUAACCUUACAGUCGUGUCAAAGAGAUCUGAUGUCACAGAAGUGGGCCUUUCAGUCAGAUGGGCUUCUAGAACCGAACAACUGGUAG